AUGGCUAUGAGAGACUCCUUUAGACAGGCGGACCGGCUGGGUGCGGAUAACAAUGGCGCCAACAAGUCAUCGAAGGUCGCGCACUCGGGGCAGUCAGAACACCAAAAUGCCACUUCCAGCCCGAAAAGUCGUUCUGCCUGGUCUAAACGCUCUCCUCAUGGGGUUGAGAUGGUGAAUAGUUUGCCGACUCCUCGUUCGGAGGAGUCGCCUUCGGCUGACUCUGUCUGUGUAGACAGUAGCAAGCCCAGUGGUAGAGGUCGCGCGCCCAACGCGAAAGUUGCCAUUCCGCGGGAUGUGAAUAGUCUAGGCCCGCCGUCUAUAGGUCGAGUGCUACGGGCCUGUUCGUCAUGUAGAACGAGGAAGGUGAAGUGUAGUGGUGAACAACCCGUCUGUCGACAAUGUCGGGAGCUAGAGUUAGCCUGUCACUAUCCCUUGGGCUGGAACGAGCGCAUGAAAAAGGAGGCCAAUGAUCUUUCGGCUCUGGUUCAGGAUUACAGAAAGUUUGUCGAAGAUUUGCUUGGCACUACUGAAAACAUGAAUGCCCAGUGGGCUUACUCUACUUUGCAAAAGUAUCAAUCGUUGAUUGACGACCUGCCGGAGACAAUUCAACUUCCUACCCCUGCGGUCCAAGACGGGAUCGAUUCGACAGAUACCCUCGCCGAUACGGGUCACAUUGACCAGCACAGCCCGUCCCAGGACUACGAACAAUGGCCUGAACUACCAUUCAGUCAGACAGAACCGGAUGAAAACGGGGAGGACGGGGUAACAGAUGGAGUCACCACAGAAACCCUUGACUACGCGCUCGGAGAUUUCGCCACAUAUGUCUCCCAGCCGGUCAACAAGUAUGGCAUGCCCUCUCGAGAACUUGCGGACCUUUUUUUCGAAGAGUACUGGAACAAUGUGCACCCUGGUUUCCCGAUGAUCAAUCGACCACUCUUCCGUUCCCAGUAUCAAAGUUUCUGGGAUCAAGGUCAGCAGCCAGGAGACAAGUGGCUGGCAAUUUUGAAUGUGAUCUUCGCGAUCGCCGCCAAGUACGCUCAUCUUACUGAAGCACCGUGGCGCGGCGAGGAGAGUGACCACUUCUUAUACUUUAAUCGAGCAAGACUGCUGAGCUUGACUGGCGAAGAGUUGUUCAGUCCCCCCAAUCUUCAACAAGUGCAACUCGAGGGGUUGGUUGCUUUCUAUUUGCUUGCAACGAAUCAGAUUGGCAGGGCCUGGAGAAUUUCUGCAUUGGCUGCUAGAUCUGCCGUCACUCUUGGCGUCAACCGAAGUCUUACUAUAAAAUUACCGGCCAAGUUGAGAGAGGCUCGCUUCCGACUGUGGUGGUGCCUUUACACGCUUGAGCAGACAUUGGGUCUGAUUACGGGCCACAUUACUUCUAUCCCUAAAGACAAACAUGCUCCUCCUCUGCCUAUCCCCUUCGAAGAGGAAGAAUUUGAGACCGACUCUUCGGCAUCCGCUCUACUCCAACAUCCCGGAGUCAGAAUGCAAUGGCUCCAGACGAUCAUGCCAAGUUCAAAGAGCUGGCCAAACGAUGGCUACAGCAAACAAUCCCAGGAGGAAUCACUACCAAGGGAUGAUGCAUGGCUAAAGUAUCUCGAACCCAACGCUGGCCUAUUCUACCUCUUCUACUGCGACUUGGCCGUCAUCAUCGAAGAAAUCGUCAACCAGAUCCACGUCUCCUCCAUCUGGAUCGACAGGGAGAAACGUAUCGACGACCUCCGCUCUCGCAUCGAAUACUGGAAAAGUAGUCUUCCAUUAUCUCUUGAUUUCACAACUGUCGAGCUGCAAAGCAGCAUGAGCCAGAUGCGAUACAAACUAGGUCUGGCAUUCCACUAUCAAAGUGCUCGAAUCGUACUAGGCCGUCUCUGGCUCUGUCGACGAGACGAACUAGACCCGGAUCAUUCACAUGUACUCAAUCACAAUAUGGCGAUUAUGACUCUAGACGCAGCGAAGCAAAUCCUCGAUUUGUUACCCGAUCAGCCGAAUACGGUCCAGCUCUACCAGAUGUUCCCAUGGUGGAGCGUCCUUCAUUACAUCUCCCACGCAGCGAAGAUCAUCUUAUUCGAACUCUCUGUCGGAUGCAGGCACGUGCAGGAUAGCACGGCACACCUCGUCUGGCUUGAGAAAAAGGCUAUCUGUUGGCUACAUGCCAUGUCUGCCCACAGUCCAGGCGCGGAACGAGCGUGGCACCUUUGCGACUCCUUUUAUCGCAAGGUCUCUGAGCAGAUAGGGUACUCUACGAAUGAUAUCCCGGCAGCGACUGAGACUGUUCAUCGUUCUGAGUUGAAUCAGCAGUAUGCUGGUUCUAGGCCUUCGGAAGUUGGUGAUUUGGAACCGUUUGACUUUCAGAUUGAUUAUGUGGAGUUGACAGAUUGGAUUACAUAG